CCAAUUUGGCUGUUGAAUUUUAUGGUUCAUUCCAUUAUCUCUAAACUUUGUUUAAACAUGUCUAAGCCUAAGAAGAUUGUGAAAUUUAAAUUAAUUGCUGCAGUAUCUGAAAAUAUGGGAAUUGGUUAUAAAGGUGGUUUACCAUGGCGUUUAAAGAGAGAAAUCCAAUAUUUUACUGACAUGACAACCAUUACUAAAGAUCCGGAGAAGAAAAAUGCAGUUAUUAUGGGAAGAAAAACAUGGGAAUCAAUUCCUCCAAAAUUCAAGCCCUUAUCAAAUAGGCAGAAUGUGAUAAUAUCAAAAACUAUGAAUUUUAGGGAUUCCGGCUAUAAAGAUAUACCUGUUUUUAGAAGUUUAGAUGAAGCAAUUGACAGCUUGUGCAAGCCUCCUUUUUCAGAUAUUAUUGAAGAUGUAUGGAUAAUUGGUGGUUCAAUGUUAUAUGAAGUAGCAAUGAAUUCUCCAUAUUGUGAUAGUAUCUACCUUACAAGGAUACAACAUUCCUUCGAGUGUGAUACAUUCUUUCCGAAGAUACCCGAAUUUUUUGAGGAAACUCUUAUAGAUGGCGUUCCAAAUGAAGUUCAGAAUGAGAAUGGAAUCUCUUACAGAUUUACAGUCCUCAAACAUAAAAGUUGAAAAUCUAUUUUUUUUAUGUUUCAUUUUAAAUCAUUUAUUGUUUUUAUCCAAACUGAUUAUAUGAAAUGUUAUUAAUUUUUCUACAUAAUAAU